GAGCGAGGGGUUGGUGUGUCGGGUUUCCAGGCAGGGCACGUGUGGGGAGCGAGAGCUGCGAGCGCUGCUCCAGCCUCCGGAGGGCGGCGAGCCGGGACCAUGGGGCAGGUGGCUUGGAAGGCUUUGUUCCUGUCGCUUUUUGACUAUAAAACGGAGAAAUACGUCAUUGCCAAGAACAAGAAGGUGGGGAUCCUCUACAGAGUGGUGCAGCUCUCCGUGCUGGCUUACCUGGUGGGGUGGGUGUUUGUUGUCAAGAAAGGCUAUCAGGACACAGACACAUCUCUCCAGAGCUCUGUCAUCACCAAGCUGAAAGGGGUGGCCUUCACCAACACCUCGGAGCUGGGGGAGAGGCUGUGGGAUGUCGCAGACUACGUCAUCCCUCCACAGGGUGAAAGCGUCUUCUUUGUCAUGACGAAUCUGAUCGUGACCCCAAACCAGAGACAAGCCACCUGUCCUGAGGUAGGAAGAACUGAGCCCCUUGGCCCCCAGACCCCUACAAAACCAGGGAGUGCCAGCAUUCCCGAUGCCCUGUGUCACAAGGACGAGGACUGCCUGGAAGGGGAAGCAGUGGUGGCUGGCAAUGGGGUUAAGACUGGCCGUUGUUUGAAAGACAGGGACAGCACCAGAGGGACUUGUGAGAUACUGGCCUGGUGCCCAGUGGAGAAAAGAUCCAAGCCCAAGAAACCACUUCUUGGCAGUGCAGAAAACUUCACUGUUUACAUCAAGAACUCAAUUCGUUUCCCCAAGUUUAAGUUUUCCAAGAUGAAUGUGCUGGCAACUGACAAUGAGUCCUACCUGAAGACCUGCCGCUACAGCGCGGAGCAUCCCUACUGCCCCAUCUUCGUGCUGGGGAACAUCGUCCGCUGGGCUGGGGGCGACUUCCAGGAAAUGGCCUUGGGGGGUGGUGUGAUAGGAAUUCAGAUUGAAUGGAACUGUGAUCUUGAUAAAGCCCCUUCUGAAUGUAAUCCUCACUAUUCUUUUAGCCGGCUGGAUAACAAGUCUGCAGAAACGUCCAUCUCUUCUGGGUACAACUUCAGGUUUGCCAAAUAUUACCGGGAUGCUGAGGGGGUCGACUACCGGACGCUCAUUAAAGCCUACGGAAUCCGCUUCGAUGUGAUGGUGAAUGGCAAGGCAGGGAAAUUUAACAUCAUUCCCACCGUUAUCAACAUCAGUUCGGGGCUGGCGCUCAUGGGAGCGGGCGCCUUCUUUUGUGACCUGGUGUUGCUGUAUCUGAUUAAGAAGAGUAACUUUUAUCGAGGCAAAAAGUACGAGGAAGUGAAGUCCAAUUCCAGGAAGUCAUUGUCUAGUCCGACACCGAACGGGAAUCAGAGCCCAGACCAGCUGGGUGGGCUCUAAGCACAGCGGUGCCUCUGCCAGCUGGACUUGUGCUCCAGGAAAACCACACAGGUGUGAAACCACACCAGCACUGGGAGGUGGAGAUCAGGGAUACUGUCUAUUACCAGGAUUCCCAGAGGAAAAAAACGUCCUAUAAAGACUGUCCUUCUUCCCUGAGAUUUCCCUGGUAUCCUGAGCUUGCAACAGCGUGUCGUCACUAUGGAUUUAUAAAAGGAUUUUAUAAAAGGACAAAGAAGGCACCAAAUGAAUGUUUUUAUAUCCACUGAUAGAUAUAUCUGUACCUACGCCAAUA